AUGUUGAACAUCACAGUAUUGCUCGCUCUCCUAGCGAUAGGCCUAAUUCGGCUGUUUGUACGGCGAAGAAACUUGCAGCAAUUCGCCAAUCAUUUUCCCGGUCCAAAACCGGUUUUCGCCAUCGGCAAUGUCCUCAAAUUCCCUAAGGACAUCGGUGGUAUCUUCAGACGAAUGCUUCGGUUCCACUACGAAUACGGACCGGACAUCGUUACCUGGGGAAUUGGAAACGACGUGAUGCUGAACUUGAGCAGCACAAAGAACGUAGAGAAGGUCCUAAACACGAAAAUCAUCCAAAAAUCGACGAUGUACAGCUUCAUCGAACCCUGGCUCGGUAAGGGUUUGCUGACCUCAUCUGGAAAGAAGUGGUUUCAUCGUAGGAAAAUCAUAACGCCGACGUUUCACUUUAAAAUUCUGGAGGGCUUUGUGGAAGUGUUCAAUCGAGGAGUGGAUGUUUUGGUUGAGAAGCUGAAAGUGCACGACGGUGGCGGCGAGUUUGAUAUUUAUGACUACAUUUCGUUGUACACGUUGGAUAGCAUCUGCGAGACGGCUAUGGGAGUUCAGGUAAAUGCCCAGAACGACCCGGAGAAUCAGUACGUAAGAGAUGUGAAUAGAAUGACCGAGUUGAUUCUGUUGCGAAUAUUCAGUCUGCUGAGAACAUUUCCCACCCUGUAUUGGUAUCUGCAUCCGAAUGCUUGGGAGCAACGCCACUUGGUUCGCCGGUUACAUCAGUUUACUGAUUCUGUGAUUUGGAAUCGUCGUCAGCAGUUGGUGAAUGGGAAUGAAAAGCGAUCGAUCGAAAACGAUACGACUACAAAGAAGAAGCAAACAUUCCUGGAUCUUUUGCUCAGUAUGACCGUCGAAGGUAAGCCGCUAUCAAAUGAGGAUAUUCGCGAAGAAGUUGAUACGUUUAUGUUUGGUGGUCACGAUACGACUUCAUCUGCGAUAUCGUUCACCAUUCUGCAACUAGCAAAACAUCAAGACAUUCAAGAGAAACUUUAUCAAGAAAUCGAAUCCAUUUUGAAACAUCAGAACUGCGGAACCGGUCGAACCUUGGCUUAUAGUAACAUUCAGGACUUUAAAUAUCUCGACUUGGUGGUGAAGGAAUCCCUGCGUCUUCUACCCCCAAUAUCCUACGUUGGUCGUAAGCUGACAGAAGACACAGAAAUCAAUGGAGCUGUCGUACCAGCUGGACAGGACGUAUCCAUUCCAAUAUACAUGGUCCAUCGAAAUCCUAAGGUCUAUCCAGACCCAGAGCGAUUCAACCCGGAACGAUUUGCAGAAGAUUCGGAAAAUAUGCGUGGACCGUACGACUAUAUUCCAUUCAGUAUCGGAUCGAGAAACUGUAUUGGGCAGAAGUACGGCCUGAUGCAGCUGAAGAUGACCGUUGCUCGGUUGAUUGUAAACUUUCGAGUGUUGCCCGGUGAAUCGACGUGGGAUGUCAAGUUGCGGACCGAUUUGGUAUUGAGACCGGAGAGGGGCAUUCCUAUUCGGAUUGAGUCACGCAAUUGA